UAUCCAACAUGGCUGGAGAAAUUGCUGCCUUAGUUGCAAUAGCAAUGUGGUGUACUAGUUUGUACAAGAUCAGGAGAAAGAUGUUUGAAGUAUUCUUCUACGCACAUCAGCUCUAUAUUCUCUACAUCUUCUUCUACCUAUUUCAUGUUGGUGUUGCCUACACAUGCAUGAUCCUCCCUGGAAUUUUUCUAUUUGUGAUCGAUCGAUACUUGAGAUUCUUACAGUUUAAACGAAGGGCUCGAUUAAUUUCUGCACGUCUUUCACCUUGUAGCACUAUUGAACUCACCUUUUCCAAGAAUCCAGCAUUGACGUACAACCCUACAAGCAUCUUGUUUGUGAACGUCCCAAGCGUAUACAAGUUGCAGUGGCAUCCAUUUACUGUAGUUUCUAACAGUAAUUUGGAGGCAGAUAAACUAAGUGUUGUCAUUAAAUGCAUGGGAAGUUGGAGCCAAAAAUUAGAAAAACAACUUUCUUCUUCUCCGGAUCAUCUUCAAAUCUCAACAGAGGGACCUUAUGGACCUUCAUCAUUACAUUUCUUAAGGUAA